AUGGAUUUUGAACAGUAUCGAAAGCAUGGGAAGGAAAUGGUUGACUACAUUGCGGACUACCUGCAAAACAUCCGGGAGCGGAGAGUGUUGCCGAACGUGAAGCCCGGAUACAUGCGGCAUCUGGUGCCGGACCAUGCACCGCAGAUGGGCGAGGACUGGAACCAAAUCAUGGAUGACGUUGAGAGAGUCAUUAUGCCUGGAAUAACACACUGGCAAAGUCCCUACAUGCAUGCCUACUUUCCUGCCCUGAACAGCUUUCCUUCGUUGCUUGGUGACAUGCUAUCUGACGCCAUCAACUGCAUCGGUUUCACAUGGGCGUCAAGUCCCGCGGCAACGGAGCUGGAGACGAUAGUGAUGGACUGGUUGGGGAAGAUGAUAGGUCUUCCCUCAGAAUUCCUGCACAGCAACAAGCAGACCAUGGGCGGAGGGGUCAUACAGACCACGGCCAGCGACUGCACAUUCGUGACAUUGUUGGCGGCGAGGUCAGACGCCAUUCGUCGUUACAGGGCCAACAACAACGACCUUGAGGACGCCGAGGUGAAUGCCAGACUUGUCGCUUACUGCUCGGACCAGGCGCACUCGUCUGUGGAAAAAGCGGGGCUUAUCGGUCUCGUUAAAAUGCGGUUCCUGCCAAGCGACGAAAACCUGAGUCUCCGGGGCAGCACCCUCCAGAAGGCGAUUGACGAGGACCUCCAAGCCGGACUCAUCCCGUUCUACCUGUGUGCAACCCUGGGAACAACUGGAGCAUGCGCUUUUGAUAACCUGAAAGAAAUCGGACCAAUAUGUGACGCGGAAGGCGUAUGGAUGCACAUAGACGCAGCCUACGCGGGGACGGCGUUCCUGUGCCCGGAGUACCGGAAGUUCAUGUUGGGUGUCGAGCAUGCGCAGUCUUUCGCUUUCAAUCCCUCGAAAUGGAUGAUGGUGCAUUUUGACUGCAGUGCAAUGUGGGUAAAGAAUAGCGGCGCUCUACAUAAGACCUUUAACGUAGAUCCCCUGUACCUCAAACAUGAGAACUCAGGUGCUGCCAUUGACUACAUGCAUUGGCAGAUAGCACUAAGUAGAAGGUUCCGGGCGUUGAAGCUCUGGUUUGUCAUCCGGUCUUUCGGCGUAGAGGGGCUUCAGAAACACGUCCGAGAGGGCGUGCGUCUGGCGCAGUACUUUGAGGACAAAGUUCGCAAGGACGAUCGUUUCGACCUCCCAGCUGUCCGCAAUCUUGGAAUGGUAGUGUUCCGAUUGAAAGGAGACAACGCAAAGACGGAAGAGCUUCUCCAAGCCAUCAACCGGUCCGGGAAGCUUCACAUGGUCCCCGCGUCCAUAAAGGGAAAUUACGUCAUCCGCUUCACGGUGACGUCACAGUACACGACGGAGAAGGACAUUGACAGAGACUGGGAAAUCAUACAGAAAACGCAUGCGCGACUGGAAUCGGAGGAAACGGACCUCCUCGAAGACGAGGUCUUCGAAGACGUGCACGCGAAAGAAGUCGCCAAGGACAAAGAGAAGACCACGUGGCGUAAGAGCAGGGAGUUCGGCAUGUCCCUGGUGCUUAGCAACGUGCCAAUGUCCCCCAAAGUUGUCAACGGCAGCUAUGCUGCUUUCUUUGACAACAUGGUGGAGUUUGCCAAGGAAAUUACUCGCACUGACUACGCUGAGAAGCCAAUAAGGUUGUCGCCACGCAGGCGCAUACAUCUUCGUGACCAAUCAAAACAGCAGAGCCUCGAUAUCGCACCGCUGUACGCAAAUAGAAAUCAUCCGUUUUUCAAACAGGGUUCACUAGACAGCAAAGUGGAGGAGAUCCUUGAAAGUUAUUCCAACGGAGGAUACAGUAUAAAGUAUCCUCAAGACCUCAGUGCUCUGGCGGAAACUGAGCAAGAGGAAUUCACUGACACCAUUCGAGUUGUUGUUCCAACGAAAGGAAUAGCCGGAAAGUAUGAUGGGGGGAAAAGUAACGGCGAAGCUGGCGGGAAAAUGCGUGUGCAGACGCGAGAUGCAUCCAAUGGCGUGCGAUUGUUCUGCAAGCACUGCGGUCACGUGGUGGACGUUGAUGAAAUUUAGAGGACGAUUUAAAAGUUGAAACUUAUUUAAAAUAGUCAGUCUGCUAAACAUUUUAUUAUUGUAAAACAUAUAACUUAAAGGAAGUGCAUAAGCUCACAACAAGAAAACGUCAGUUUACAGCUAGAUCUGCCAUGUUGUAGAUACAUUUAAGAAAUGUCGUAUGCAAUAAUAAUACGUAGCACAGAUACUUGCUUUCGCCACUAAUUGAUUUGCAUGUUCUGUUUAGAUGGUAAACACACUAAUGUCUCUUAAAACUAUUGUGGCAGAUCCCAGCCGAUUUUACUUCACGGAAAUUUGAUGUACAUCAUAUACGUAUUGAACUCAUACUUAUAAUAACUUUGUCCAAUUUAUGAAAAGAUUAUGCUCCAAAAGAGCCAGACAUUUUGUAAAAGUAUUAUUUCCCAAGCAAUAAAAGAUUCAAUUUAUAAUAGUUGGAACACACGCAUUAUAUAAUACAAUUUAAACAAAAAUCAUAUAAUUAAAAAUGAAGCGUAUAAAUGUACUUGAAAUAAUUGUACAAUAAGGUAAGUCAUUUUGAGGUUCGUUGAUCUUUCUUCAUAAUGUUCAUUUACCAAAUAUAAGAAAUUAAAAAGCGUGGAAGAGACGGUAAUAAGAAUCAUUUAUUGUUUCAAUUGUUUCAUUGAGGAAAACGGUAUUAUACAUCGUUUUCAGAAAUAGGACUUGUUAAGGAAUCAUGUAUAUUUUAAACUAUUGUAAUAGCUUACUAGUAAGAUUUUGACGAACCGAAUUAUUUGUAAUUACUUUGUACACUAAUAAAUGUUGUUGUAAAUGUGUGCUGAUAUUAAACUUGAAAUUUCAAAUAUGACGUAUGGAAAAUAUAAAAAAAAUGCCAAAAGAGUGGCUGUAUUCAAUACUAACAAUUCUGGAUAUAGUAACCUAAGUAUAUAGCUAUAUAGAUAAUGUUUUGUAAAUAUGAAGUGAAUACAUCUUACA